CGUUCUAGAGAGAGAAGCCAAAAACACACACGUUUCUAGUGAGAGAAACAAGAGAAAUGUGGCUUCUACUUCUGGGACUGCUUUAUCUGCAAACUCACCAAAUAAAUAAACUUAAAACCAAAUUCUUUUUAGAGAGAGAGAAAUUAAUAGAGUUGUAUGAUAGUUGAUUUUGGUAGUGAAAGUCGUCUUGGGUUUGCAGAGAAAGAUGGGAAGGCUUAAAAUAGGGUUUUGAGCAACCAAGAAAAAAAAAAGCUCUCUCUCUCUCUCAUGGCUUCUAACAAAGUCAGCAGCAGCAGCAGCGACCAUCAUCACUCUACACAAUUAGCUCAACAUCAUGAGAUGCAGCACAAUGAUCAAAUCAAUCAUCAUCAAAAUAAUAAUCACAUGAUGUUUUCGUUUGGGAUGAUGCAAUCAUCCUCAUCAUCCAUACCCGUACCCUUCAAUAUAAGCAAAGAAUCUGGCGCUUACGACUUAGGCGACUUGGAUCAAGCUCUCUUUCUAUACCUCGACGGCCAAGAUCACUCUGCAGCUCAAGACCAACGACAGAAUUCUGGGAUGAGGCCACACACUCUAAACAUUUUCCCCUCUGAGCCCAUGCAUGUAGAGCCAUCACCAAAGGGAGGCAGUGGUUCGAAGAAAUUAUCUGAGCCAUCUAACCCUAGAAAUGAUGUUCAAGAACCGGCCAAAGUAGUUAAGCGUGAGGGAAACCGUAAAGGGCCUACCUCAAGUUCAGAGCAAGAUGGUCCAAAAACACCUGAUCCAAAGACUUUAAGGAGGCUUGCUCAGAAUAGAGAAGCAGCUAGGAAAAGCAGGCUUAGGAAAAAGGCUUAUGUUCAGCAGCUGGAGACAAGUAGAAUGAAGCUUACUCAAUUAGAACAUGAAAUCCAAAGAGCUAGAGCACAGGGAUUUUUCUUAGGUGGAAAUGCUAAUGCAGCAGGAGAGCAAGGCCUUCCUUGUACCAACAUAACUUCAGAUGCCGCGUGGUUCGACAUGGAGUAUGCACGGUGGCUGGAGGAGCACCACCGCCUGACGGUGGAACUGAGGAGUGCCGUCCACGAGCACCGGCCGGAAGACGAGCUCGGCAUUCUGAUAGACAACUGCCUAGCACACUACGAUCAGAUCAUCAGCCUCAAGAACGUGAUCGUCAAGUCGGACGUCUUCCACAUCGUCUCCGGCAUGUGGCGGACCCCAGCGGAGCGCUGCUUCUUGUGGAUUGGCGGUUUCCGGCCGUCGGAGCUCAUUAAGAUAAUCUUGAACCAGGUGGAGCCAUUGACGGAGCAGCAAAUGGUGGGGAUAUAUGGACUGCAGCAAUCAACACAGGAAGCAGAAGAGGCUCUCACUCAUGGGCUGGACGCAUUGAAUCAAUCUCUCACUGAAACCAUAGUUUGCGACACUCUCACUCUUCCACCAAACAUGAACACAUACAUGGCGCAGAUGGCUGUCGCCAUUAACAAACUCACAACUCUCGAGGGUUUUGUUACACAGGUAAGCCGUAUAAAAUUCGGGCAACACAUUUUCCUUUGAACAAGGUAUAAUUUUGUACUUAAAAAGAGGGUGAUAUAAAUUUAUACCACCUUAUAUAAAGAGUGAUAAAUAUAUUAACAUUUAAAACAAACAAAAUAUAAAAAAUAUGGUUCAUACCUUAUGAUAUUAUUCUUCUAUUUAGAUGGAUAAAAAGCAAAGACACUCUUAAUAUAUAAAGUAAUUUGCGCCCCUUAUGAGAUUUGAACCCAAGACCACGAGCCACGGCAGUUGCUUUAUAGGUCACUAUAAUAAAUUUGUAGGUUAAAUGCAACCGUUUCUUAGUUUUUACAUUAUACUACUCCUUCCAUCUCACGAAUCUUGACACAUUUGGGUUCGGCACGGGAAUUAAGGAAUUGUAGAUUAGUGUUUUAAGUGUGUAGGUAAUAAAGUAUAAAAGUGAUAAAGUAGGAAAGAGAAUGUAAUAAAGUGAUAAAGUAGGAGAGAGAAUG